GCUGCAAGAGAAGGAACCGCAGACACACAAACCAACCAAGAAACCACCAACAACACCUCUCCCCCCACCCCAAAAAAGAAUGGUGAACAUCCAAUCUUCCUACACGGUGACGCCUUCAGAGCCCACACCAGAAGUGAGGCUCUUCUCCCUCUGCGAGCAAAUCAAGCUUCGCACCCACGCUCCCUCCUUCUACGCGUACAAUCCCACUAACUUCGACAAAAUCAACAUCCACAACCUCAGAGACGCUCUCAGCAAGGCCCUCUCCAUCUACUACCCUUUCGCUGGCAGACUCUGCUGGACACAGGGUGGUAGAUGGGAGAUCCAUUGCAACGCUAAAGGAGCCUUGCUAAUUGAAGCUUCCUGCAAAGGGAAGACACUCGAGGAUCUUCGAGACUUUGUUCCCAACGGUUUGGUGACUCAGCUCAUUCCCAACAUCGAUUAUUCUGCUCCGCUUGAAGAUACCCCGAUCUUGGCGGUUCAGCUCACCAGAUUCAGCUGCGGCGGGGUCACCGUCGGCGUCGCCAUGUGCCGCGGCGCACUCGACGGAACUGGCGGUAUGAGGUUCAUAAACACGUGGGCCAAGCUCGCCAGAGGGGAACCUCUGGACGAAUCUGAUCAGUAUCCUUGCCAUGACCGUACGGAGCUGAACUCUCGAAAGAUGAGUACGGGUUCCGAGUUCAGUGACAAGAAUGGUCAUGACCAUUCUGAGUAUGGAACCCCGCCCCCAUGGCUAGGUUCAUUGGGAACCGAAGACGCUAAAGUCGCCGUAGAAGUCAUGAAGCUCACAGGAGAGCAAGUCAAGAAGCUCAAAAUGAAAGCCACGUCCACCAACGGUAACGGUGAAAUGACGAAACCCUUCUCGAGUUUCGAGGCCAUUGCGGGGCAUUUAUGGAAAUCUGUUAGCAAAGCAAGAUACGAAGGAAACAGUGCACAGCCAACCAGGCUAACGACUUUGGUUAACUGCAGGAACCGUCUAAAGCCACCGCUUCCUCCGGUGUACGCGGGGAACGCGGCUUUUCCUACGACGACCCCUACUUGUACCUUUGGCGACCUUAUAGAGAACCCUGUGGGGUUCGCGGCCACCAAAGUGAAGGGGGCGAUCGCCAAGGUGGACGACGAGUUCGUCAGAUCCGCUCUUGAAUACAUUGAUAAUGUAAAAGAUAUGAACUUGAUAAGGUACAAUUUUCACUAUCCUGCCAAGAGUGUUCAUAAGGGACCUUCCAAAGGGAAUCCGAACUUGUUCGUAGUGAGUUGGAUGAAUUUCUCAUAUGAGCAUGCCGAUUUUGGUUGGGGUGUACCUUAUUAUUUUGGACCUGUGUAUAUGGAUGCUGAGGGUAAAGCCUUUUGUCUCAACAAACCUAAUGGUGAUGGUAUGGUACAUGUGGCUAUCUCUUUGGACUCGGCUCACAUGCCUGCUUUCAAGAAAAUCUUCUAUGAGGACAUAUAAUAAGUUUUUUUUCUUUAUUUUGUAAUUUUUUUCUUUUGGAAAAAAGACCCCUUCUUUGUACCACUUUCGGCUGUUGUUUAUUUAUUUUUGCAAGGACCUUGAGAUUCGACUUAAA